AUGUGCACAUAUAUGUAUGUACCUUCACACUAGGUGUGGAUAUACGAGCGGUUCCCUACAUUAGCUCCCCGACACACGGCCACACCCCUGAUUAUCUACCCACUUGCGCUAAGGUGGACAGGGCCGUUUACCCGUACUGAGGUGCCGCACGGUCAGCGUCGUAUCACCCGGUACGAGCUGGAUAACAUGAUUGAGGCAAAUUUUCGGUGGAGGCCGUAUGCAGAUCUAGAUGACGAGCAUCAGCCUGAGUAUGAUUUGUACCUGCGUUGGACUGCUCCUACGCCUUUGUUGUACAUGGCCUAUGUCGAGUGGUGUUAUACUGAUAGGGUGACGAGGCAGUUCGGGUUCGUGCAGGACAUACCCACAUCCUCUCCACGUGCGAAUCAUAGUAACCUGCACACCAUUGUCAACGAGGGGAUUAACUGGGAGGGCGCCAGGGAGUCUUACACUCGUCUAUGGGAUAGGUCCCUCGAGCGAGCUCUUACAUCUCCCCCACUCAUGUUUGGCGAGGGUUGCACUGCGGCAUACAUGCCUUGGUUUCUUGCAGUGACACGUAGAUACAUUGUAAACCCCGUCUAUUGGAGGACUGCAGAGGCUUUCCAGGGCACACAGGGUGCCACACAGGCACUGGAGGAUCAGCUUCUAGAUAUGGAGAGUGCCAUUGACCCUGCUACCCUGGAUCUUUCUCGGGCACAGAGGAUUGUACAGGGGUUGUUAGGACGUUUUAGGGGUUCAAGCAACCCUAGCAGACACAGAGGACGGCCACCAGUUACACCAGUUGAGCCGGAGCCAGGCACGUACUACACUCACGUGGCCAGUGGUAGCUCAGACACGGGAGGUUGGUCACACCUGGUUGGCACUUCUUCUUCGCCGGUUGGGGAUGUAGCGGGUACUUCUAGGGCGGAUGGAUGGGAGUCCUGGCCCGCGUCGACGGUCGGGCCAUCUACAUAUGCAGGGGAUGACUACGAGGGUGGUCCACGUGGCUUUACGGUCAGAUUAGAGGAUGACCACGACAUGUCUGCUGAGGGUCAGUCGCAGGAGUCAUACCAGUUCCAGGAUGCAGAUGCUUAUCGUCCUGACAUGUCUUUCCUGAGGGAUCAGUACACCACACCUCCGCCACAGGUCCCGGUGCCGUCAUUUGCUAGCCAGUCCUACAUCUUCGGGGCACCCGCGUUUCCAUUCGCACCGCCACCAGAGAGGUCCACUCCCACUCCUAUACAGAUGUCCACUUUUGCUUCGUACACUGGUCAGAGUAGUCCAUGGGCGCCCCCCAGCACAGCAGUAGCAGGGCACUCCGAGGUCGAGGAGCAACCUGAGGAUGAGCAUCGACAGCAGCCACCUAGAGCUGCGAAGGGAAAGGGUCGAAGAUGUCACACUGGAAGCCACAUCUUCGGCCAUAAGAAGAAGUAGGAUUUCCCUCGUAUGUAGUUUGUUUAUGGUUAUGUACCUGACCAUGUACUCGUACGUUUUUAUUUCUUGAUCUGAUUAUGUACUCUUAGUCUAGUAGAUUCGUUGUUACGUUAUUAUGCAGUU